AGGUUGGUUUGGGGUCUAUGUGCUAACAAAGCGAUGUGUGGCUGCCCAGAACACUGGCUGAGGGAGGCUGCCCUGUUGCACUUUGGGACAUUGUAUUGUUUGAUACUGGAGUUUUCUUGUCUGAAUCCUUACAGAAAGCCUUGACUGAUGCCUCCCUUUAUGCCCUGUGAUGCAAUCCCAGUACAUAAUUGGAAAAAGUUCAUGGAGAGGUUUAUUGACAAACCCUUGCAACAAAUGUAACUAUCAGGGGUUUCUUCCUUGAAUCUUUGUCUCCAUGGACUUGGAGGAAAGCCUGGCACCUGGGGCAAGGAGGAUGAUUCACAAACAUGUUUUUCUUCUUGUGUUUUUCACCAGGACAGAAGACCUGAACUGCAGAGCCUCAGGGCAGGAAAAGUAUCAGAUUCCCCCAUGGAUGAGUGGACAGCUGUUGGAAAGAGGUCAGAUGGAGCAGUAUUAAAGUGGCUAGUUUCAAGCAAUCACACACACACGCGCGCGCAUGCUCUAUCUGUAUCUCCUUGUGACUUGUCAGGAUGGUCCCGACUGCUAUUCCCAGAUGGAACAGAGUUUUUACAAGGAUGGAGAUAUUGAGAUUGCUGCUUUUUUGCACAUUUACACAUAUGAGAUUCCCAUAACCAUGAUGUGGCUCAGCAAAUUUCGCAGAUUCAGAUGGUUUCAGUCCAAAAACUACCAGUAUGCUCUGGCCUUGGUUUUUGCUAUUGAGGAGAUCAACAAAAACCCCCAUCUUUUACCCAACAUGACCUUGGGAUUUGGUCUAUAUAAUGUCAUGCACAGUGCUAUGACAGUAAUGGAGAACCCCUUCAUCUGGCUUGUGGGACUGGAAGAGGACAUUCCUAAUUACACAUGCAGGAAACAGAGCAAGUCUGUUGCUGUAAUAUCACAAAGCAGCAUUGCUGUCCAAAUGGGGACACUGCUGGAACUCUACAAAAUUCCACAGGUGAGUGUGUAGUGAAAAAGUGGCAUAAAGUACAUCACCUUAGGUGCCUUAUUUAGAUCCAAAAAUUUAAGGGUCAGAGACCAUAUACAGUUGACACAGUAUGUGAUCUAAAGAGAAGACGUGCAGAGAUUUUGUGGAAUAGCCACAUUUGUUCUGAAGCAGAAGUGUGGGUGAGUAAAAAGGAGAAAUGUUUUUUUCAACCUGUGAGUCUAAUGAUUCAUGAACUAGGAAGCUUUUAUGUACUGGGACAUGAUAAAAAUGAAAUAUUCUAAAAUCCGACACUUCCAUUAUCUGCUUAAUUUUUUCAGGAAUAAUGUUUUACACUAUGACAAUAACCUUACACAGAUUUCUUGCCUUUUCCCUUAGCUGACUCUUGGACCUUUUGAACCUCUUCUGAGUGACAGUGGUC